AUGCAGCAAGAAAAAACUCAUGUGUUUUACAAAUUCAAAGCGUUUACGGUCAUAAUUUAUCAUCGACUCAUAUCGGUCUGUUGUGAAAAUAUUCCAUCUAUCUAUCUAUCUAUCUAUCUAUCUCACUCACUCUUUUCGCGCGCACACACAAAAUGGAGGUACCUAAAUCGUUUUUCCAUAUCUAUCUAUCUUAUUGUCCCCACAUUAUCUACCUAUUUAUUUGUCUCCACAUCUAUCUAUCUAUCUAUCUAUCUAUCUAUCUAUCUAUCUAUCUUGUCUCCACAUCUAUCUAACUUACUGUCUCCACAUCUAUUUAUAUUACUGUCUCUACAUCUAACUUAUUGUCUCCACAUCUACCUAUCUAUCAAAUUGUCUCCUCAUCUUUCUACGUGUCUUAUUGUCUCAACAUCUAUUUUGUUGUCUCAACAUCUAUCUAUCUAUCUAUCUAUCUAUCUAUCUAUCUAUCUAUCUAUCUAUCAAAACGUAAGUUAUGUAAGAAUAGAUACUGGUGAAUUUUUAAAAAGGAAAGUUAACUUUCGUAAAAUGGUACAAAUUGCAAAGUAA